AUGUGUCGAGCCGUCGUCGGGGAUGCCGCCAAAAAGAAGAACAACGCUUCUACGGCGUCUCGACCGGCUGAUGGGGAAAAUGAAGAGCUAGAGGGCCAUGGAUGGAAAGCGAGAGGAGAUCGAGAACCUCAGGAGAGAAGAGUUCCUUUUAAUAGGCCCACGCCCCGACAGGUAUUCGACGCGCUGCCGUUCGUGCGUCGUUAUUUCCUGUAUUGGAUGCGUCAUGUGCAUAAGAAAGAGAAACUCUUCAUCAACACUUUUGAACCACUACAACAUAAGCCAUAUUACGGUGUCCCGUGUGGAGGCAUUGGUUGUGGCUCGAUCGGUCGUGAUUUCCGUGGUGGAUUCUGCAAAUUUGGCCUUCGCCCGGCCCUCAUCGAACAUAAAGUCGAUGUGAUUCCGGCCGAUCAAUUCAUCGUGUCGCUGCGGCAGCCUGGAGCUGGACAGCCGAUAUAUCAAAAGGUACUCUGCGCGGCGCCGGUCGAUCGAAGCGGAGGGCAAUUGGCCGCUUGGGAUUUCGGGUUCCCCCGAAAACAUCUACAGUACAGG